CACCCUCCUUGUGUGCGCAGUUUUGCUGCAGCCUGGAGUCGAGCACAGCUGCCUGGUACGACCAGAGGCAAACAUCACUUGACUGUGCAGUUAAACACGAACCGCAAGCUGCUGUAAUCUGGACAAAAUAACAAGACAAAUAACCGAGAAAGCCCUCCGGUGAAAUUGAAUUAAACCAAAGCGUAUCUGUCCCUUCUCUAUUUUGGUUCUGACCAAGUGGGUAUUGUUCUACAAAUGGAUAAUGGAGACUGGGGCCAUAGGAUGAGUUCUCCUGUUACCUUGAACGUGGGAGGUCACAUGUACACCACCAGUUUAUCUACCCUGCAGCGCUAUCCAGACUCCAUGCUGGGUGCAAUGUUCCGGGGAGAUUUCCCCACUACUCGCGAUUCCAAAGGGAAUUAUUUCAUUGAUCGUGAUGGGACACUUUUUCGGUACAUCCUGAACUUUCUGCGGACGUCUGAGCUUACCCUUCCUGCCGACUUCACAGAGACAGACCUACUAAGGAAAGAGGCGGACUUCUACCAGAUCGAACCGUUGAUCCAUUGCCUUCAUGACCCCAAGCCUCUGUACCCUCCCGACAUCUAUGAACAGGUCGUGGAGCUCUCAAGCACUCGGAAACUUUCAAAAUAUUCAAAUCCAGUCGCUGUUAUCAUCACACAGCUAACCAUAACCACAAAAGUUCACGGCCUGCUGGAAGGUAUUUCCAACAACUUUACAAAGUGGAGCAAACACAUGAUGGACACCAGAGACUGCCAGGUGUCGUUCACCUUCGGACCAUGUGACUAUCACCAAGAGAUUUCACUAAGGGUUCACCUCAUGGACUACAUCAUGAAACAAGGAUUCACCAUCCGCAACACCCGUGUGCAUCAUAUGAGUGAGCGUGCAAACGAGAACACGGUGGAGCAUCACUGGACUUUCUGUAGACCAGCUCGCAAAGUUGAAGACUGAGUUAAAGCACAGUUGUUGUGCGUGACACUGCUGUUUGAUUUGUCUUUAUAUUACCCAUGUCCUGUUUAAACAACAACACAUUUUGAAAUCUGUUUCAAAUGUCUGUGUCACUAGUAAUCAUUUAUUUUUAUUUUGACCAAGGUGGUACAGUGGGACAAGGCUCGAAGUCCAGGCAGAUGGCAUACCAACUGUGGAAAAUAGGAAUUCUCUAUUUAUUCACCUCCAAUUGCAAGAAGACUUUCUUAGUUGUACUACCACUACUUAAAACAUUUCCUAAUUGACGACUAUUACUAUAAAGAUUUUUGUUUGAAGCAGAAAGACCCCAUGUACAAGAGCAAUGAUUUUUAUUUCAUUGUAUUUAUAAAGGGACACAAGAAUACCCCAGAUAUGCUCAAAUGUGGAAAUCUUGCUUUUUCAAGGAAUAGUUUUGAUCAAAUGUGGUUUAAUAUCGGCAAAAUGUUAUUCCGAAUUCAAGAAUAAUGUGACUUAUGAUCCCAAUUUUAAGGGAAAGGGGGAUAUUGUAAAAUGAUUGUUCCUCGUACAUAAGCUGUCUUGGUCAUGUUUUGGACUGCAGACACUAAACAAAUGACUGUUUUGGAUCCUGAGUUGUCAGGAGUGAACCUUUUUUUCAUAAUAAAUUAUGAUUAUCUUUAGCCCAACUUACAGUAGAUCUUAAAUAAGUUUCUUACCUGUCUUAUCUCCUUGUAUGGUACUAUAAUUGAAGACCUCUCGUCAUUGUUGCAUGUGUCUGAGGGUCUUGUGUUUGUAUAUGUAGUUGUGGGCUUUGAAGUAUUAUGCCAUACUGUUACAGUUUAGAGCCCAUAUCAACAGUGAUGUGUUUGAUUAUUCCUGCCAAAAUAAAACAUAUGUAUUUGUCAGUUA